CGCGUGACUGGCCCAGCGGUGGCAGUGGGGCAUCACUACGUGCUGAUGGACUUUGCCCACCGGCGAAUCGCGUCCGUUGAAACCGCAUCCAACGGCCGGCAUAGCAUCCUGGAGCUGGGCCCAAACCCUAAGCUGGGAAGCCAGGCUGUUUCUAACGGUGCUGCCGCUGCUGCUUCUGCUAACGGUGCUGUUUCUGCUAGCGGUGAUGCUGCUGCUGCUUGUGAAGGCACGGAAUAUAUCUUCCAUGCGAACGCGUACACGAGGCUACAGCUGCGGGAAAAGAUGGGCCCGAGUGCUCACCGCAGAGAGGCCACUGCCCGGCGCCUGGGCGCUCCCACAACCACCCAGGACAUGCUUAAAAUCCUGUCCAACUCGGACGACAAGGAGUAUCCCAUUUUCAAUGAUGGAAACCCCUUUGAGAUCGGAGGCCCGGUCAUCCAUACACUACACAGCACGCUCUUUAACCUCGAUGCCGGGAAACUCAGCAUCUUUGGCGGGCGGUCCACAGACGGCAACAUGCUGCAUGAGUUUGACAUCUGA